AUGUCCCUGAACAGUCAAAGUCUGCUGGUAGACCCCACCAAAAGCGCCGCCACAGCAACGCAUAAUCAAAUCGAUGGAUCACGACCAAGCGAUGUCAGCGGCCGAGAUGGCGACGGCGACGGCGACGGCGUCCGUGCUGGUGCUCCAGGCGGCCCAUCACGGAACAUGUCGAGCAGUUCUAGUCCCCCAGCCAGCGACAAGCGCAAAGCAUUCCGCCAAAGGAUUGGAAUUCCUGACGACGGUACGAAACCUCCCCACAUUGACCUACAACAAAGGAGCACAAGGAGGAAGCGCCGCCAGCCGCGCAGACCUUCCACCCCACCAGACACCACCCUCGCCGGACACACGCUGAGCGCACACGUCGAGAAAGCUUACCGCGCGCAAACACGGUACUACUUUCUCGUGGCGAGCGCCUCGCACGGCAUGCUCUGGCUGCAGAUCGGCAUCGGCGCCACCGUGACAGCCAUCGGGACGACCAACUCGAACGCGGCGCGCAUCGCCAUCACGGUGCUCGGCGCCAUCAACACCGUCCUGGCCGGCAUGCUGACGUUCCUGAAGAGCCGCAACCAGCCGAACCGCGCGCUGCAGUUCCGCAACGGCCUGCGCGACGUCUACGAGGACCUGUGGCAGGUCGAUUCCGAGACGGGCCGCCCUGACUUUGACGUCGACAGGAAGGUCGACUACCUGUGGGGGAAGUAUAAAGAGGUGAUCGCGGAUUCCGAGGCGAAUUACCCCGACCUGUGGGUCAGCUUGAGUAACACGGGCAAGUCGCCGUCUCAGACACAGAAGCAGAAUGGGAGCAGGAAAGGCAGCACCGCCAGCGGGACGCCUCCACCGCCGGGCUCCGGUCAUUCUCUGGAGGUGCGUGCACCGCUGUUAUCCAGUACGGUGCCUUGA